UUUGACAGGAGCUCAGGAUCCUAUGGGUCUCCCCCCGCUUUUUUCUUUCCUCCCUUUAAGAUAUGUCCUUAUACAGCCCGUGACGGGUCAGAAGAUUGCCUUUAGAGGUGAACCCAGGCUGUCCGAAGACAUCAAAAAGCUAAUCUAUUCUAUAAAUUAUCGGAGCUGGAUAGACUCUAAGCUAGAAGCCAUGGUUCCUGUGAACGGAAUAACGGUCACUAUUGGUCUCAAAGAGUAGGAAGCAUUUUCCAAGGAAGUUAUUCAUAGGCACCGGGAAGCUUCCAUUUCCGAUAUUGGGAUCUAGCUUCCAAGUUCUCGC